CAUAGCAACAUUGUAAACGAAGUGUGUGAAUCAGCCAUUAUACCGCUACGUGACCAAAUUAUCAGAUUUGUUUAAUAAUUGCAUGGAAAAUGGUGUAAACUACUUCAGAUUAUCGAUAGGCGGGCAGAUAUUUUUUGAAUUUUUGUCACCCAUGAUUAUGGUAAAAUGAGUUCCAUACAACACAGUGAUUUGGUGGAGGUUGGUGAAGAUGGAGCAAUCAUUAGAAUACAAGAUUUAGUUGAAGGCUGGGAACAUGUUGUCUUUGCUCAAGAAACUGGAUCACCACUCUCCAAUAGUCAUCCAGCAUUCCGGGUUAAGGUUGUGCAAUUAGGCAAAGAUGCAUCAGUAGGGAUUGGAAUCAGUUCUGAACCCAUUGUCGAAGAGAUAGAGAAUGAUGAGGAAGAACAAUCACCUGACAGAUCUCGAGAUGCUCUCAUGAUUCAUAGUGAUAAUGGAUCUGUAUCGUCUCCUAGAAGAGAGAGUAGAAAAAAUGAGUCAUCCUCCUUUACAGAAGGGGAUACAAUAACCCUUGUAAUAGAACAACUCACUGCUCAAAAGUCUUUGGUUUGUAUUUGGAAGAAUGACAAGAUCCAGUGUCGACAGUGGGUUACAAUACAAGCUCGGAACCUGUAUCCUACAAUCAAUGCAUGGUGGGGUCCAGCAGAAUUACAUGUAGAGUGGCUUAGUUCUUCUGUUCCUGAAUUAUCCAUGACAAACCUCAAUCAAUGGAUGUCAUCUAGUAACAUCAAAGUUGAAGGUGAUAGACUCAGUAUCUCGGAUGAUGAGAUAGGAGCAAUCCAAUCACCAUGUGCAUUCCAAGAUGGUUCUAAUAUGUAUUUUGAGAUGAGCUUAGAAUCAGUUGGUGAAUGUCCAGUGAAUGAUGAUCAUAAAGGGCCAUUAAUAGGGCUGACAUCAGCAACCUGGUCAGGACAUGAAGGAUUGCCUGGCACAUCUGAGUAUACCAUUGCUUAUGAUACAACCAAAGGAAAAAUCCUCAAUUGUGGACAGUCAUCAAAGGGGAAGAAUCUAGGAGAGACUGGCAAGUGUAAAACUGGAGAUAGGAUUGGGUGUGGUCUUCUACUUGUUGAAAAUAAACCUUCAACUGCUUCCCAGAUGGUAGUCGUAUACUUCACCAAAAAUCAAUCUGUCAUACAUCAUUGUAAUGUAACUCAGUCUACGGGUGGUUUCUAUCCUACAUGUGCAUUUGUCAGUAAAGAUUCUAGUGUGAGGCUUAAUGUGACUGCUUCUGUACCGGAGCUUCCAGAUAAAACUGAUUGGUUAGCUAAAGCAAAGCGAGCACUAGAAUUCCCGGGGCUGGAACUUUUUAAUGAUACUUCUAUGAAGAAUGACAAUAAGAAGCAUGAAGAAGGAGUUACCAAUGGCUACUUCCGAUUCUCUGAACCUGUUGGUUGUCCAACCAGUGAUGUCAUCAAACCUCAGUCUAAACUAAAGGAUGGGAAGCUUCUUCAGCUACUCAAGACCAUCACACCAUCAGAACCUUACUUUACUGUCAAGAUAGAAGAACUAAAUAACGACGAAAGCUUUAUUUGUGCUGGAGUGAGCAGAGGAGGUCAGAGCUGUGGCAGUGUCCCUGGUUCUCUUAUAGACUCAGCAGGAUAUUCUUCUGAUGGUGAAAUACUUAUGGGCAGUGAUGGCCACUUUGCAGCUGAAAAAAUGGAGAAAGGUGAUGUAAUUGGUGUAUAUGUGCAAUUCCUAGACCUGAUUAAAGUUGUUCAGUUCAUCAAAAAUGGAAAAUUGAUGGGUCAGAGUAUCAUCAAGGGAAGCAACAAAGAUAUCUAUCCAAGUCUUGGGUUUGGUGGUGAACCAGCAACCGUACAUGUGACAUGGCCUACUGCAAGACCUGAUAUACCACCCUCCUUUUCCAAGGACAACUUUGAGAAUUGGUUGAAAAGUCCUGAUUUACUGAUGAAUGGAAAUAGACUCUGCUACGAGAAGAAAAAAAGAAAGCUUAAAGGCAGAAUACUGGUAUCACCUCAACCACUGUGUCAUGCAUGGAGUUACUUUGAAGUAGAAAUAAACUGCAAGAAGCUCUCUGAUGGUGAGAGAGUGCUAGUAAAGGCUCCUGUUAUUGGACUGACAAACUGCUUACGGCCCUCCAAGUUCAAGAAUAUCAUCAAUAACAAGGAUACAAGAGAUAUCCGCUACUUCUGCCAUACCAAUUCCAUUGGCUACAUGGAUUAUCUCAAACACGAUAUGUUCCUAUUAAAUGGACACAUAGAGAAUGGUGACCGGAUUGGUUGGGGCGUGAUGUAUCCAUCAUCUAAGAACAUUCCUAGUGAUCUGACUAGACAGAUUGUUAUUGUAUAUUGCUGUAUUAAUGGACAGAUCAUGUAUCACAAACCCAUGGAACAGCCUGGUGGUGGUUUCUAUCCAGUUAUAACACUCUACAGAUAUGGAGAAGAAGCUUCCUUGCUGAUUAACGAGUCUCCACCUAGAUUCCCAGACAUCUUGACAUGGGUUGAAGAAGCUGAUGCCUUCAAGAUGGAAGUUGAUAAACAGCGGAAAGCUGCAGAAUUUGUGCUAUAUCUACCAUACCUCAUGCGCCCUAUCUUGCCCUCAAAACAAAAGUUCCGCCGAGGUCAGCACAAGCAGACUUCAGCUGAUAGAAGAGCUAGACCUGCAACUCCAUGUAAACGACCUGAUAAUCAUCUCAAGAAAUAUACUAUCUACAUACACUGUGAUCCACAGAGAUACAAUGAAGCUACUCAUAUACAAGCCAGACUAGAUGCAAAGGGUUUUGUAACAAGACUCCUUCCUGAAGACAAAAUCAACAGCUCUAACAUCUCUCAACUGAUUGAUGAUCAUAUUUCCUCCUGUACGUCUGUGAUAUGCUGUAUGGGCCCAGAGAUUACUCAGACCUCGCACAUGGGCAAGGUCCUGGAGCUAGCCCAGAAGAGAUCCAAACCAGUAUUACCCUUCAUCUUAGAAUCCUUCAAAUGGCCUCCAGAAGGAAGCCUUCAGAAGGAGUGGCAGAAACUUGUCUUGCAUAAGAUCGAGACAAGUGGAGACUUUGAUUGGGCCAUUGAACAAAUUGAAGAGAAGACAUUGACUCUCAAGGACAAGGGUUACAAUGGUAAAGAGAUCAGGGUGGUUGAAGGAAAGGGAGCUAAGAUGCUCUAUUCAGACGCUCAGAAAGGAAACAAGACAAUUAAUGAGAGCAGUGAUCCCAAUGCACUGAAGAAAGCCAUAGCUGAUGCUGAUCGUCAUAAGCUACAAUCGUUUGGUAGCGAUGAUUACCCUGAAACCAGAGGAGGGGGUGAUCAUGGAGCAGCAGGAGGAGGGGCAAGGUCAUUCUCAUUUACCUCUCUCAAGGAACCAAAGAAACACAUUGAUGAUGGACCUAAGAGACCUCAUUCCAGUCAUGGUGGGCGUGUUAAUCAAUCAAAGGCUUGUAUUAUACUCUAAAAUCAAUAUCGGUUAUACCGCUCCUCUGAAAUUAUUUUUUGCUCUUUUGUCCAUAUUCAUAUAUUUAUAUUGUGCUUUUCAGCAAUUUAUAAGAUGUAUUGGUGAUCUUUUCAUGUGCUUUCAAUCAUUAAGGGGUCCUGUUUCUAGUGAGUUAUAAUUCAGAUUUAUCAAGUAAUGGAUGCUAUAAAUAUUUUAGUUUCAUUUAAGAUAUUUAAUAGCUGUUUAUACCGAAACCAAAUACUCUUCACCUUGAUAUAGAAAUAUCAUUGACUAUUAAUGCAUGAAAAUAGGAUUGUGCCAUAUCACUGUUGUCUUUUAAUUUCAACCCCAGAUAUAUUUUCAUAAUUUUGAUAUAUAUCUUAAAAUCAUGUCCUUGUAUUCCCAUGUGAUUAAGAAUGUGUCAUCUUUUCUCAAGAUGUUCAUUUGUGUUCAGACUUAUUGAGAAAUUGUAAAAUUUUAUAUAUAUAUAUUGGAAUAGCUAUUUAACAAAAUAGUGAUCCUUGAUACUGUAUUCUACAUAUGAAAAUGGUUUGUUAACUGUAGGGAAACAGAAGUUUAUAUAGAUUCAAAUCUUCCACCUAAAGCUAUAGUUUUACCUGUCCUGCAGUAUUUUUAGGUUUGUUAUUCACACUGAUGGUACUUAAAUCAGGCUGCUUGUUAGGGAACCUUUGGUCAUCUGUUAAAAAUUUGGGCAAUAAUUGAUGAAAGAAAAAUGUAAAUGACUGAUGCUUAUCCCAAUGGCACUCUUCACGGAAAAAUCAACUGAGGGGAUGAACUCAGACAUGAGAUUUUGGAUCAGUAUAUGGCAUACAGUUCUUCAUACUUAAAGUACAUAAUUCUCAAGUUAAAGUACGUUAUGUACAAGACAUACUAUGCAUGUAAUAAAGCCCUCAACAAACCAGAUGUGCCUGAAAUCUCUAUAUCAUACUCUCUUAAGUUUGGUUUUGAAUGCUAAGUCCAGAAAAACUCUGCUUAAAUUUGUUUAAAAUCAACCAAAAUUCUAAUUUAAGUAUCCCUCAUUUAAACCUUGAACAUGUAUGAGCUUUCAUUUUUAUGCAAAUUUCUACUUUAUUAUAAACCACAAUUAUGUCCACUGCUUGUAACAUUGCAUCACCAACCCUUGUCCAGUUGUGAAAUAGGCUUCAAUGAGAAACACCAUUGAAGUGGAAAUAAGUGUGUAGUAGUUGUAAGAUCAAUUAUUUAUAUUUCUCCCCCCCCCCCCCAUCUAGAUAGAUGUCUUCUUCAAAUACACAUUACCUUCUGAAUCCUCCAAACCACUUGCAGGUAAUUGGAUGUCUGCCCUACCUCUUGCAGGCAUGUAAGAGUUUAAUAGGUUCAUAUCAGUGCUAAAUACAGAGCAUGAAUUACGUCUGAGUACUUUUUCUAUUUCAUGAUUCUAUUUCAUAUUAUAGUCUUUCGAGUACAGGCAUAAACAUCUGAUAUGGUCAUGUACAUAUAAUCACUUUUUGUAUUGGAAGUAUCAUGCAUAGAGAAGAUAUUGCAAAGAUAUUGAUAUGCAAAAAUCAUUUGAGGAUUAUUGAGGCAUUUCAAUUUUUAUAUUUAUACAUGUAUAUUCAGUUGUCUUUCCAUCACCUUGAUCCCCCAAUACUAGGUAUAAAGUGCAUCUAUACCAAACAGCCAAACUAAUGUCUGUGAAGGAACUGCAAUGAUAUAUUUAUGUGAUUAUGGAAUGCCAUUUGUUUUUAUCUUUAGGUUAUGCAGUAUAGUACUACUAUUAUAAUUUACAUAAUGUCACACUGACUCUGAGUGAGUCUAAAGAGGAGUCCUACCAUUACCAGCACAGCUCAAGUGCACCAACUGAGUCACGAGCUAGAAUUCCCAAAGAUGAUUAAGAUUUAGAAUAUAUCUAUCAAACUUUUACAGGAAUACCAGGGGCUUGUUCUACAAAGAAUAGAUGCAUAUCUAUUCAAAGAAACAGUGGUAUAAACCAUGCAGACUUAGCUGAAUUUACCCCGUCAAAAAGAUGCAUUCAUUAUUCACUUUAUAAGCGUAUUUGCUCAAUCCAGCAUAGUUUUGCAUAAAAAUUCACAUAAUCCCUGGUUUGAAUAUUAAAGACUUGUAAAAAUUUCUUCAUAAUUUGAGAAUCUACGGGAAUGACUUAUAGAUAUAACUGUGAGAUAUAACAGUAAACUCUAACAGCAAUUUGAAUGUAGCUAUCAAAAUCAGACUGGUUUCUACGUAGUUUGAAAAAAAGCUUUCCUAUCUUUGUGGUUUAAAGAGACUGAAUAUGAUAUGUAUUUGAUAUGGUGAUUUAUAUGAUCCUAACAGUUCGGAUGAUACCAAUUAGUGAUGUACAUUGUGUUAUUCAUUUUGUAAUAUAAGAUAUCUAAUAAUUGUUCUGGUAUGUUGUGAAUAUUCUUGUUCUCUGUAUAGAUAUAUAGUACUGUAGGAAGCAAACACGUCAAUAAAUUAUGAGUCUUUCACUA